CAUCAUUUGACAUGUAUAAAUAAGUACCAGCAUUACUCCUCCAACAUCAUCAAAUCAAUCACCAAAAAACACAACCUAAGUAGUUACUAAAAAUAGUAGUGAUGAAGUUUUGGGCAUUGACAAUUGUGUCCCUGUUGUUCUCCAUACAAGGAGGGUCAGCAGAGCAAUGUGGAUGGCAAGCCGGGGGUGCUCUGUGCCCAGGAGGGAUGUGCUGCAGCCAAUUUGGAUGGUGCGGUAGUGGCCCAAACUACUGUAACGAUGGCUGCCAAAGCCAAUGCGGCGGAGGCGGCGGUGGUGGAGGAGGCGGUGGCGGUGGCGGUAGUGGCAUUGGUGGAAUCAUUUCAAGAGAAACCUUUGAUAAUCUACUUAAGCAUCGUAACGAUGGUGCAUGUUUAGCCAGAGGGUUUUACACCUACGACGCUUUCAUUGCAGCCUCUAACUCCUUCCCUGGCUUCGGCACCACAGGUGAUGAUGCAACCCGUAAAAGAGAGAUUGCUGCUUUCUUAGGCCAAACAUCCCAUGAAACUACAGGUGGAUGGGCAGGAGCACCUGAUGGUCAAUAUUCCUGGGGUUACUGCUUCAAUAAGGAGAGAAGCCCUGCACCAUAUUGUUCUCCCAGCUCAACUUAUCCAUGUGCUUCAGGAAAGCAAUAUUAUGGUCGUGGACCCAUUCAACUUACUUGGAAUUUCAACUACGGACAGUGUGGAAGAGCUAUCGGGGUAGACUUGUUGAACAACCCGGACCUUGUUGAGAAAGACCCCGUGAUUUCAUUCAAGACAGCACUAUGGUUCUGGAUGACCCCACAGUCGCCGAAACCGUCGUCCCAUGACGUCAUCACCGGGAGAUGGAACCCGUCUGGGGCUGACAGGGCAGCGGGUCGAGUUCCGGGCUAUGGUGUGAUCACGAACAUCAUCAAUGGUGGGAUCGAAUGUGGUAUAGGGUGGAAUGCUAAGGUUGAUGAUCGAAUAGGAUUCUACAAGAGGUACUGCGAUAUAUUCAGGGUUGGGUAUGGGGACAACCUUGACUGUUACAACCAGAGGUCGUUCGCCAGUGGUGUCUUGCUCAACUCUAUGUAAACUAAGGAAAUGGCUCUUUGCAAUUUAACUUUUAAGUUUAGUUCUUGUGCUAAUUUAGUCAUCACCGCUUCUAUAAUAAUCGCACAUUGUAUCUAGUGCUUUAAUAGGAGAGAUGCACUUUAAUAAGAGAGUCACUUUGUUAAAAGUUUAUUGUGCUAAAUUAUGAUACAAAAAUCUCAUGACAUAACUAAAAGUGAUUUAAAUUUGUAUCACAAUAUAACAUAAUGUAAAAUUUGGAUCACUUAUACUUUUUUAUUUACUAUUAUAGCAUUGUUAUUGGGCACCAGUGGUACUUAGCGAUUCUAUAUAUGUCGUCUUGCGAUUGGCUAGCGAUACUCUCUUAAGUACUACGGGUACCUU